AUGGCGGACGAACAUACAGGCUACUGGAUGUGUGAAUGCCGUGUCUCCCACAACUUCUUCGUGCGGACUUUGGGCAAGCAUUUCAGAUACAAUGGCGACGAUGUGGCAUUCCUGGAAGAGUUCGGCGAUGAGCUUCGGGAAUUGGGUGCUGAGGUACAGACGACCUUGGAAGAACUCAGACGUCAGAGAGAGGAGCGCCUCCGUGCGCCCGAGAAGUCCCUGGAGCGAGCUCAGCGCAUCGCCCAGGAGUAUCACCCGCUGCACCCUGGAGUGUACCGGCUGAAGCCCGAGAGUUUCUUGGAGGAAGCUUUCCGGGAAAUGGUGACCGAGCUGCAGAAACCGGGUGGCGGAGCUGCCGCCCGUCUGAAGUCCCGCAAGCUCGUGCAAGAGCUGCGCCCUGGACUUUUCACUUUCCCGGUCUUCACGGAAGCUUUUUGCGACCAGCUGGAGGCCGAGCUUGGCCAUUUUCAGGCCUCGGGGCUGCCGCGCUCGGCUCCAAACACGAUGAACCGCUAUGGCAUCAUCAUGUCAGAGUUGGGUUUCGGCCCGGAGCUUCUCGACCCCUUCAUCUUCCGGUACCUCGACAUCAUUGCGCAGAAGCUAUUGCCGGCUUUUUGCGAGACGUUGGAUUCCUACCGUGCCUUCACUGUCUUGUACGAUGCUGAGAAAGACGGCGACCGUGAGUUGGCAAUGCACUACGACAAUGCCGAGAUCACUCUGAACGUGAACAUUGGCGGGACUUGGGAAGGCGGCCAGGUGGCAUUCUAUGGCUUGGCCACCCGAGAGGAGACCGAAGCCAUCGAGGUGGCUCUCCAUCGCGGGCAUGGCGUCCUCCACGCUGGCCUGGAGCUGCAUAAGGCGCAGCCGAUCACCCAGGGGCGUCGGCACAACUUGAUCAUGUGGUGCAGGUGCCCUGGAGGGGGCGAGGGGGGGAGGGUGUUUUCAGUGAGCUCUUAG